AUGACCUCUCUACCCCACCGUCGUCCCGAUCGCCAGGCCUCUCGACAAGCCUCCAGUGACCCACGAGAGGAGCUUCAAGUCCAAUUAGACCAUUUCAUCGGCAUAGACGUGGGAACAGGUAGUGCCCGAGCCUGUAUCAUCGACGCAAAAGGCGACAUCGUCGGCCUGGCCUCCGAGAAUAUAGGUCUCUGGCAACCCGACCAUGGAUUUUACGAACAAUCAACCACAGACAUAUGGCACUGCAUCUGCAUCGCCGUCCAACGCGCCAUAAACGAGCAAAACAUAAACCCCUCAACAGUGCGAGGAAUCGGCUUCGACGCAACAUGCUCACUAUCAGUCUUCAACCACGAAACCUCCGAACCAAUCUCAGUAACAGGACCCAACUUCGACACAGACCGAAACGUCAUCCUAUGGCUAGACCACCGCCCCGUAUCAGAGGCUGCGAAAAUCAACGCCACGAACCACAACUUACUCCGCUACGUCGGUGGAACAAUGUCCAUUGAAAUGGAAGUUCCGAAAGUCCUCUGGUUAAAGAAUAACAUGCCGGCCGAACUCUUUGAUAAAUGCAGCUUUUACGAUCUGGCUGAUGCACUCACACACAUCGCAACGGGGAAUAAUAAGCGCAGCUUUUGCAGUGCUGUCUGCAAGCAGGGCUAUGUCCCCGUGGGCGUUGAUGGAAGUGUUAAGGGGUGGCAGGAAGACUUUUUGAAAGAAAUUGGUCUGGACGAUUUGGUUGAAGAUAAUUUUAAGCGGAUGGGUGGUGUUGACGGGGUGAAUGGCGAUUAUCUAUCUGCCGGUGAGCUUGUUGGUUAUCUUUGCGAAAAGGCUGCUACAGAGCUAGGUCUACCUGCUGGUAUUGCCAUCGGCAGUGGAGUCAUCGACGCAUAUGCAGGCUGGAUAGGCACCGUGGGCGCGAAAAUCAACCUCGACUCCGACCAAUUGAACGCUGAUGCCGCGAAGAAUGACAAGACACAGGCAUUUUCUCGUCUCGCGGCUGUGGCAGGUACAUCGACAUGUCAUUUGGCAAUGUCCGCUGAUCCGGUCUUUGUACCCGGUGUCUGGGGACCGUACAGAGAUACCAUCAUUCCAAAUUACUGGAUGGCUGAGGGGGGGGGCAAUCUGCCACGGGCGCUUUCGAUCGCAGAGUCAUACCACACAAACAUAUACGAAUAUCUGAACGAACACCUGAAGGAGAUGGUAACCGAGCAGAAAGCGCCGUGCAUCGCAUACCUGGGUCGACAUUUCUUCUUCUACGGCGAUUUGUGGGGGAAUAGGUCUCCCAUCGCUGAUCCAGCCAUGACGGGUUCUGUCAUCGGGCUAACAAGUGACAAGUCCGUCGACGGAUUGGCGAGAUAUUACUACGCAACGAUGGAAUUUAUCGCACUGCAAACGAAACAGAUUGUCGAAACGAUGAAUCAAGCUGGCCACGGCCUCACAUCAAUCUUCAUGUCCGGAUCGCAGUGCCAGAAUGAUAUUCUUGUUAGUCUGAUUGCGUCUGCGUGUGGUAUGCCGGUCGUUAUACCGCGGUAUAUUCACGCGGCCGUGUGUCAUGGUGCGGCUAUGCUGGGCGCGAAGGCGGCUAGUGCUGAUGCCGAGGGUAAGACGGAGGAUUUGUGGGAUAUCAUGGAUCGCAUGAGUAAGCCUGGUAAGAAGGUUGUUCCAACGGAGGAUGUGAAGGAGUUGGCUCUUUUACGGGCGAAAUAUGAGGUUUUCUUGGAACAGUGCUUUAAGCAGCAGAAGUAUCGGAGCUUGGUUGAUGAUGCUGUGGGAGAAUGGGGGUCGGCCUAG